AUGAGGCGUCCACGACUGUAUUUACUCAAUGCGCACAAGAACCUUAAGCCAAAGUUGGAGUUUUUCAAAUCUUUGGGCUUGUCGGAUCUUGAGGUUACAAAGCUUCUAUCCAGGAGGCCUUCUAUUCUAGCAAGGAGCCUCGAAAACCAAAUCACUCCUUGUGUCCAAGAGCUUAGGCGGAUUCUUGGCACCGAAGAGAAUGUCUUAAAGGCUAUAAAGGAAUGCCAAUAUAUACUUGAAUGUAAUGUGGAAAAAGUGGUACAGCCCAACAUAUCGAUGUUGAUAAGCCAUGGUGUACCCGAGUCAUUUGUUUUGAAAAGUUUAUUUAUUCGUCCAGUGACGCUACUUGUGAGGACUUGUCGUUUGAGUGAGGUUGCUAGUGAAGUUAUGAAAUUGGGCUUUGAUCCCAAUAGCCUGAGAUUUGUGCCAUCCGUGUGA